AUGAUUGAGAAUCCUGCAUCGAGUAAGCCCAACAAGAAGGCCAAGAGCAAGGUCGAUGAGAACGUGCUCUUUCUCAAAAACAUAACAGAAAUCAUCACGAAGCUGAUCGAAAGCUACGAGAAGAGAUAAAAGAUCGUCCUCAAUACGCUCAUCCAUGAUGUAACUAAGAAGAAUCGAGUCCCCAAGGCACCAAAUGUGGAAAUCAUCAGCGCACUCCCUGAUAACUAUAAGAACAAACUGACCCCCCUCCUUAAGGCAAAGCCAGUCAGGACUGCUAGUGGUAUUGCUGUUGUCGCUGUUAUGUGCAAACCUCAUAGGUCGCAUAUUGCAACCACAGGAAACAUCUGCAUCUAUUGCCCUGGAGGACCAGACUCCGAUUUCGAAUACUCGACUCAAUCUUAUACAGGAUAUGAGCCAACAUCAAUGAGAGCUAUCAGGGCGCGUUAUAAUCCUUACAUUCAAACCAGAGAUAGGGUGGCACUGAAGAAGAUUGGUCACGAUGUCGAUAAGGUGGAGUUCAUUAUCAUGGGUGGAACCUUCAUGUCUUUAGAUGAAGACUAUCGGGAUUAUUUCAUUCGAAAUCUCCAUGAUGCCUUAAGUGGACAUGUCUCAACAACUCAUCAGGAAGCAGUCCAGUUCUCAGAGCAAAGCAAGGCCAAGUGCAUCGGAAUUACUAUUGAAACUAGACCUGAUUUUUGUGGAAAAAGGCAUCUUUCAGAUUUGCUCUCAUAUGGAUGCACAAGACUUGAAAUCGGAGUACAGAGCAUCUACGAAGAUAUUGCCAGAGAUACUAAUAGAGGACACACAAUCGAGGCCGUUAAGAAGACAUUCGCAUUGGCCAAAGACUGCGCAUAUAAGGUAGUCACCCAUAUGAUGCCUGACUUGCCCAACAUGGGAGUGGAGAGAGAUUUGGAAAGCUUUAGAUAGUUCUUCGAAAAUCCUGCCUUUCGACCCGAUGGAGUCAAGAUAUACCCAACCCUGGUGAUCAGAGGAACUGGACUUUACGAGCUUUGGAAAAACGGAAAGUAUAAAAACUAUCAUCCAAACGAUCUUGUGGAGAUUGUUGCUAAGCUCUUGGCUUUGGUCCCACCAUGGGUAAGAGUCUACCGUGUCCAAAGAGACAUUCCUAUGCCUUUGGUGACAUCUGGAGUCGAGAAGGGAAAUUUGAGAGAAUUGGCUCUCGCUAAAAUGCGUGAAAUGAAUGUGCCUUGCCGCGAUGUUCGAACCAGAGAAGUGGGUAUCAAGGAGGUGCAUUUCAAGAUAAAGCCAGAGAACAUUGAGCUGAUUAGAAGAGACUAUGUCGCCAAUUAAGGCUGGGAAACAUUCAUCUCCUAUGAAGAUCCAAAGCAAGACAUUCUCGUCGGUCUGCUCAGAUUGAGGAAGUGUGGACCAAACACCUUUAGACCGGAGCUUGGGCCAGAAUGUUCCUUGGUUAGAGAACUUCAUGUUUACGGAUCUGUUGUGCCGAUCCACACAAGGGAUCCUAACAAAUUCCAGCAUCAAGGUUACGGUACAAUGUUGAUGGAAGAAGCUGAGAGGAUUGCCAAGCAGGAGCAUGGUUCAAACAAGGUCGCAGUCAUUUCUGGAGUCGGAACUAGGCACUACUACCGCAAGCUUGGGUAUAACCCCAACCCCAACCCCAACCCCAACCCCUGA